GACAGAACAGAGAGGCGGCUGGUGUCCACAAUGUCGGGCAGGAAGCCCCGGUCUGUGGCGAACCCCCUGGAGUCUGCUAUCACCACACCGAGUGAGAGGAUCCUGAAAGAAUGCCACACUCUGUAUGUCGACAGCGAAAACGGCCUGGUGAAGAUUGCCAGCAGCCUUGGGGUCCGGCUCUUGCCUCCCAGGAAGAAGAUCGUUGUGAUGAUAAUGGGUAACCACUCUGCAGGGAAGAGCUCCUUCAUCAACUGGUAUGCUGAAGAGCACAUACAGAAAGCAGGCGUCGCCAUUGAAACGCAGGGUUUCACCUUCAUCACAAGCGGCCGCAAAAGAGAGUCACUGACGGGGAAUGCAACCCUACAUCUCUACCCUCACUUUCGACCAAUCCUCGAGUUCAAAGGUGUUAUGGACUAUCUGUCUGCCGAGAUCUCCACCUCCAAGCAGAAGAAGUUCAGUCUGGUGACAUUUGUGGACACGCCGGGUUUGGUGGACGGGGACAUGGUCUACCCUUUUGAUGUCAACAGCGCCAUCACCUGGUUGGGCGAACAGGCCGACCUGGUGUUCGUGUUCUUCGACCCGAUGGGUCAGGCGCUCUGCAAACGCACCCUCAACAUCGUGGAGAAGCUGAGCGAGAAGUGUGGAGACAAGCUGUUGUUCUACCUCAGCAAGGCCGAUGAAGCUGGGAAUGAAACAGACAGACAGAGGGUGAUGAUGCAGAUAGUCCAGGAACUGUGUCGCCGUCCAGGUCUCAACAAAUGUGGUUUUGAGAUGCCGACAAUCUACAUCCCCAACCCCCAGAAGCCGAGCCGGUGCGUGAACCAGAUCGACGGGGUGUGUCAGACCAUCGAGAAGACCAUCAACCAGGCCGUUCAGAAGACUCUGGAUCAGCUGGAGAAAGACUGUGACCUUAUUUGUUCCACCAUCAGCACCAAACUACACAAGGACAGGGCCGAUGUGACCUACAACAAAAGCGUCCGUCGUCACUCGUUCCUGUGCGGCGCUCUGGGCAUUGUCCUUCCUACCCUCCUCAUCCUCAGUUUCAUUGUGAACACUGUCUCCAAAGAGCAGCUGGACGAGCUGCUGGGUGAAGGGCCUGCUCGGUUCAUCUCCGUCCUCACAGGAAUCGUGAUGUUUUUAUGGGACUGGAUACCAGAAGAUGGACAAGUUUUGUUUGUCAUCGUUUUUGGAGCUUUUUGCUACCUCCUGCUUUUCCUAGCAAAGUAUUUUGCAGGCCGAGGGAAUAAGACUCUGACGAAGAAGGAGAAGAGGGUGAUGGCAGAGUACAGCGAUUACAUCCAGGAUAUCGUCAAAACUAAGAAGGGGAAAUUGUACGAAUGGUACCUCCAGCAGUGUGCAGCAGAAUAUGACCUCUGACCUCAGGUAAGCUGAGGACGCAGCUCAGCAUACUGCUGCAAGAGUUUUGUGAAAAGCGGCCCAUCUGCCACCGUGCAUCGUUUGGUAUUUAUAGUGGAAUCAGCAGGACUUUCAGGUGAUCAUCCACCGAACGAUCAGGUUUUUCUCUUCUCGGUCCGGCAGGUGUAACAGAGAUCACUGCCAACAUUUAUCAUCUCAAGAUCUUAGUCUAAGUGCCUUCAGUGCAGGAGAAGCUGUGAUUGUCGUCGUUUGAUGAGAGCAAAUUUCAUUCAUAAUGUGAAUCAAUUUUUUGUCAAUACUAGAAGGAAUUGUUUACAAAUGGACUUUUUUUCUAAUUUCCUCACCUGCAGCUGCUUUCUGCCAGCGGACAUGUUUUUUACGAUGUCCUCUGUGCUCUGUCUGUCUUCGUGGUCCUCACUGCACCGUCCUGAAGUCUGACGGUUAUAAAAUAAACACUCGGGCAUUACAGUGGAACAUUUCCUCAAAUAUUUUCAUACCAAUAAGAGCUGCAGGCUUCCUCCUGCCUCCAAAGAGUCUCUGUCCUCCUCCUAGACAUUUGUUGUGUGAUUUGUGAAGCCAUCAGAUGCUCAUAUGUAAAUCUCUGUCAUGUGAUGAUAUUCACUGAAACCGCAGUACAGACCUUUGAUUUAAGUACUUUAAUACUACAGUGAACCUGGCGAGCAGUGGAGUCUGUCACUGCACUGAUGUGUGUCUCCUAGCUGUCCGUGACCACUGAACUCUCCAUGUUGUCUAUGGAAUUAGAUUCAUGGAUCUAAUACCAUGUACUGCCUUCACUCCAGUGUUUGUAGACAUAUUUAUUAGUCUUUGAGGUGCUUUUAACCCAAAUAAUGUAGAAAAACCUUUGUGGGCUGUUUUGCAAUAUUAUUGUGAACCCUGUCAGUGUGUGUGUUAGAUGCCUUCUCAUUAGGGAAAAUCUUUGUUUUAUGAGAUAUUCCAUUUAUAAAUUAUGUGUGAAUUUAUCUACUCUGUGUCAUUUGUGUGUUAAGUGUUUGUAUUUUAUGAAACUGAGACUCUUGACUUGUCUAGAAAUGUUUUUUAGUAAUCCCGACUCAAAGAAUGAAACUUGUCAUAAAGCUGCAAACUAUGCUCUGUCUCUUCCGUGAAAAUUAUUAAACAUUUUCUACUGAC